AUGACGAUUUGCCCGGCGGUGUUUCGCGCUGAGCGGCAAUCGAGAAUCGAGAGUUAUACGGGUAUGAACGACGACAAGGGCAUCAACGACGACGACGAUGACGAAAGCAGGACAGACUUAUUUACAGAUAUCCGAGCUGAAAAGCAGGCGAUAUCUAAUCAACGGGAGAACAAUAAUUCUGUGUACGCCGCUGAGAAAUCGCUGGAUAAACGGACGACGAAUGGCGGAGUCGAGGUGAACAAUGCGAGCGUCGUAAAUUCGCCGGAUCUCAGCCCAGUAAAGAAUGUACGAAACGGGGAAGCGGAAGAGGCGGAAGUUAGAAAAACGAAGAGGUGGCCGACCGAUAAAGCUUAUUACAUAGCCAAGGAGCUUCUCAUGACAGAACGAACUUACAAGAAGGAUCUGGACGUUAUUAAUGUGUGGUUCCGCGAGGAAGUUUCCAGGGAAGCGGCGUUGGAAGGGGAGUCGGUAGUCUCUCUAAUCGAGCUACUCGCCGACGUGCACGGGCCCUGCCUUCAAGAAAUGGAGGCACGGCUGGCGCGCUGGGAGAGCAACGCUCGUCACAAUAUCGGUGACUUCUUGUACAACACGCUUUUAAACGUUCUGCCUCUCUACGACCAGUAUCUGGAGAACCUGAUCCCGGUGUUGGAGAAAAUGGAGUACUCCAUGCGAACGUCGCGACGUUUCGACCAGCUCUGCCGCGAUUUCGAGUCGCAGAAGCAUUGCUACCUGCCAUUAACUUCAUUCCUUUUGAAACCCCUACAACGAUUGCUGCAUUAUAACAGUAUUAUCGACAGACUAUUGGAUCAUUAUCCAAAGGAUCAUACCGAUUUCGAGGAUUGUCUGGCGGCGAGAGACAGACUCGGCGAGACAUUGCUCGAGGGACUCACGAUUAUAAAUCAAGCGGAAAACCUGGUGCAGUUAUGCGAAAUGCAAAGAGACAUUAGUGGCUUUGAUAAUCUGGUGCAAGAAGGCCGUAGGUUCAUCAGGCAAGGGUGUCUGCAGAAGUAUAGCCGUAAAGGUUUCCAGCAACGUAUGUUCUUCUUGUUCUCAGACGUACUACUGUAUACAUUCCGUACGCAACAACCAACGCAAUGUUUCCGCGUGCAUGGCCAGCUACCAUUGAAAGGAAUGAAGAUUCAAGACGCGGAUAAUAAGACUGGAACGGAUUUUGCUUUUAUUAUCGACGGACAAGGAAAUCAAUCACUGACAGUUGCAGCAAGCAACGAAGAAGAAAAAGAGAGGUGGAUAGAAGAUUUGAACAUGGCUAUAACACAGAUCGAUGCAUCGGACGCGAAAAUGCCAUAUUUAAGUUUGAAGUCUUGUAUUUUAGGUUCAGCCGACGAAGUAGGAGAUGGCGUAGGAUUAGAAGUAGAUCGGACUAGUUGCGGAGGUGCGAAGGCCUCACAACGUAGCAAUACUACAGUUCACGUUUGUUGGCAUCGUAAUACAAGUAUCAGUUACAGCGAUCAACUACGAGCGUUUCAGAACCAGCUUAGUGGAUUUCUUCUGCGGAAAUUCAAGAAUAGCAACGGUUGGCAAAAGCUUUGGGUUGUAUUUACUAACUUUUGUCUAUUCUUCUACAAAUCUCAUCAAGACGACUUCCCAUUGGCUAGUUUGCCAUUAUUGGGAUAUACCGUUUCUACGCCCUCGGAAAAAGAUGGGAUCAACAAGGACUUUGUGUACAAAUUACAAUUCAAAAGUCAUGUGUAUUUCUUUCGAGCGGAAAGCGAUUAUACUUUUGGAAGAUGGAUCGAAGUCAUUCGAAGUGCAACUCAACAGAGUCAUGUGCCCGCUAGUAUGAACGGAAAAGAAGAGUAUUAAAACUAAAUUUACACGGAUAAUUGUCGAAAUAAUUAUUAAGAAGAAAUAUUUUUUAAGAUUAUGGAAUCAUGCCAUAAAGCAUGGUUUCAAAAUUAUAUUUAAUGAGAAAGUCUAAAUUUUUGGCCUUAUAUAUAAAAUCAAAAAAGAGUGAUAAUUGGUAGUUUGGGGUAUUACAUGUAAUAAAAAUUGAUUGUGUAUACAGUUUUCUGGAAGAACAACUUAUCUUUAAUUACACAUUUUUUUAUUCUUAAGCUAUUAUUUUAUUUUUCUGCUAGUAAUUCUGCUAUUGCAAGCAUUUACUUAAAACUGGAAUAUUUAAUUGCGUGAUUUUACUGUAUUUUCAGACUUAAGUCAUUCUUCCAAAGAACUUCACAAUUUUGAAGACAAUUUAAAAUCAUAAUACAAAUGUAUUAUUGUUAUGUAAAAAUAUAACGAUAAUGAUAGUGCAAAAAAUUAUUUAGAGACUUUAGAAAGUAUAAAGAGUUUUUUUUGUAUAAGUCACAGGACUUUUUGAUAUGUGAUUUAUGCUUUUAAUAUAAACUUAAAAAUGGCAUUAACAUGUAUAUAUACACGAGAGACAAGAAUCUCGAUAUUAUGUCACAAAUUUAUGAGAGAAUGUUAUUCAAUAGAAAGAGAAAGAGAUAGAAUAUAUAUAUAUAGAAAUAUGUAAAUAUGAUAUUUACAUAUACAUUAAUUAUAUAAUAUAUUCGUGUUUAGAAGUUUUUUAAUAAAGCUUUUUUAUAUCUGUUCUCUUUAUUGAGCGAUAGUCGUGCGGAUAAGUUGCAAUUGAUCACAGCAAUACAAUAUUAAGUAGUAUAUUUUUGAACAUUUUCUUUUAAGAACAAAUGUUUUUUCUCAUGUAAUUUACUCAUUAUAUGUAAUUGAUUGCUACUGCGCGAUUAUCAUUCAGUAUGAAACAGAUAUGACGUUAGAAUUGCAUCUAGAUAUAUUAUAUUAAUGCGUUUUGGAGAUACGUUCUGUUGUAAUGUAAGCGAAACUUAAUGACAGUCAUAAAAAAUUAUAUAUACAGUGGACGAAAUUUCUAUAAAAACUUCUAUUUUUAAUAGAAAAAAUUAAGUACUUUAGUGAAUAAACUUAAAGAAAGUUUAGAAAAUUUAUGAUUGAAUAGCAAAACAAAAGAAUGCUAUAUUAAGAACUUAAAAAAAUUAUAUUUAUUAUAAACAAAAUAUAAUUAAUUAUAUAGAAUAAUAGCAAAAUUUGCAUAGAAACAAUCCAUUAAAGUAUUUAAAAAAAUGUUGUAAUAUUAAUAAUUAGUACUUCCACUAUUACGCCUAGUUAUCUCAUAUAAUCUAUUUUCCAUACUACAAACUGAUUUUUUUUACAAUGUAGUAUUGAUUUUAUUCCACUCUUGUGUUACAACGUUUUCCAACUCCUUAAUGUUGUUUAUUUUUUCUAUAUACUGCUUUUGAUAGAAAAUUUCCCAUAAAUUCUCUAUUUAAGUUCGGCGAACUCCUGCCGGCCAUUUCAUAAGUGACAAAUUUUUAUGUUGGAACUCCUAUGUCUUCUUUGCACUGUGUAGCAGCGUUAUCUUGUUGAAAAAUAACAUUUUUUCGUGAUUUCCUUCGAAAUUAAACAAUUCUCUAAUAAGUUAUAUUCCUUGAAUUAUUCACAAAGCACUCAGUUUUUUCUAUUAUAACUAGAAGUGCUCUUAUAGAAAUUUCCACUGUAUUAGUAUUAAUAUUGGACCAAUUUUAUAAUCAAAUCUGUUUAUAACGAGUAUUCAAAUAAGACAAUAAUUUUGUUAACGUUUUUUUCUUUUAUACGAUCUAAUUCAUAUUAACAAAAUGAGUCAAAGAAUGAGAGUAUGUUUAUGUUAUAAAUUGUAGCUCUAAGAAAAUGCUUAUGAUUUUACAAAUUUUAGUAAACGGUGCCAUUGCGCUCUUUAGAAUCAAUCUAUGAUAUAGCUUUUGCACAAAGAAAGACUGCAAGAAAUCUUUCUCACUCUUUUAUAAAGUGGCAAUAUAUACGUUACGUAAUAAUAUAUUUUUAUUGUCUCGCGCAGCUAUAUUAAACUGACAGAAUAACCCCUAAGCUAAUCUAAAUAAUGAUUCAAAGAGAUGAUUAAUCAUUAAGUUAGUCGUUAAGCUUGCUUGAUGCAUUUAGACUAUAUAAAAGUCUAAAAAAAGAGCAUUAUGAGAAUGUAUUGAUUUAUUGAAUUACUCUUUAGUAGUCAGAAGACAUUUAAAAGACGUAUUUUGAAUUUGUAUUGUCUGAGAGGGUUGUUUGUUGUAUAAUUCAUUUAGAUUAUAUAUAGUUAAUAUAUAAUAUAUCAAAAGAGAAAGAGAGAAAGAGAAGGAACGAGGAAAGAGAAUUAGUUGUAUAUUCUGCCCGGCUGAAAAUUCGUGUGAGCAAAAGCUUAAUUGACGUGCUUUACGAAAACAUAUCCGUGUAGAAAUUUAUUUAAAAUAAAUCACAUACGAGUAAACGAGUAAUUAAACAGUAAUUUUGCCUCGUUAAACAUCUGAUGUACAAUGCUUUCUGAGAAGUGUUCAACAAUCUAACGGAUAUUUACAAAUAAAAUAAAAACAAACUCAAGUAUUAGUAUGUUAAAGCGUAGAUAUAUUUGUCUCAUUUUAUCGCGAAAAGUGCAACUCCAGAAGGACAAGUCUUGUAGUGCGAUGAUAAGAAGUUGCGAUAUUAUAAUGUUUAGGUACAAUAAUGAGGUCGAAAAAGUAGAAAAGACCGGAAUACAUUCUAAUCAGAUUAAAGUGCAUUAGACAACGUUAUUUACAUGAAAACGUUAGUUAUAUAUAUAUAUAAUUAGCGUUUGCCAUAUAACAGAUUUAUCCUUUAUGUAGCAGAUUUCCUCAAAGCAAUAAUCUUAAUGAAUUACUUCGUGGCUAAAACCAUUGAUUCCGGUAUCUAUUUCAGCUAUUCACCCGCAUCGUAUAUUUUGCAAAUACAUCUUUAAAUUAUUUCUUAUAACUAAGAUAAACAAGAGCGAAAUGUAACAAGUGAAUGUCAUAAUUAUGUAUUAUUAUCAUGUUUUGCCGCAAUAAACAUAUAUCAAUGCGA